AUGAUUGGCGAUGGUACGCCCGGAGGUAUGUCGAUGGGUGCGACGGUUUACGGCAAAACACCGCAACAACGCGACGAUACGGGUCGUACGCCGAUGUACUCGAGUGCUGGUGCUAAAACGCCCAUGUAUGGUUCACAGACACCGAUGUAUGGCUCGCAGACGCCAAUGCAUGGUGGUGGGCAGACACCGAUGCACGGAAGUCAAACGCCGAUGCAUGAAGGAGGUGUGUUACUUUCUCUUUUUUGCAGCGAUUACUUCGAAGUUUUCAUUCGAUUGAAGUUGUUUAAUGUAGAUUGUUAUCAGACAGUUUCGAUGGAUUAUCGCGAUUAUUUAUUUCAGUUGAAUAGUUGA